GUCGUAUCGCCAUACAGAAGUGAAGAUAAAAUGCUGUGCUCGUUCCCCCCGUGAGUAGAUUUUUUUUCCCCUUUAAAUCUCAUUUGAGUGGAAAAUCGCGCAACGUGGAGGAAGAAAAUAAAAAAAGGAAUUGUAACCCCAAUUGAUGAAUUGAAUGAGCAAAGUGCCGACAUGGAGAAAGCGUUUCGAGGGCAUACGAUAUAGGGUAUUUUUUUUUUUUUUUUUUCCCCUCCUCUGUUAUCCUGCACUUUAGUCACCAUAGGAUAGAAGUUAAAGAUGGCGACCCCCAAAGGACGGAAAAAGUCAGAUAAAGAGAAAAUCGAUGAGCCCUUCUCGGAGCACAAGGACUCGUCGAAGAAGUCCAGGAACACCCUGCAGGAGGACAAGGUGUUGAAGAUGCGCGCGUGCCUGUCCUGCCGUUUGCUUCGCACGGAGGCGGAGUUCUACCAAAACGGCUGUAGCAACUGCAAAUUCCUGCAGAUGGCCGGAGACCGGCACCGCAUCCACGACUGCACAACCGAGAACUUCAACGGAUUCAUGGCGAUCACCACCCCGACCAAAUCUUGGAUGGCUCAGUACAACGACCUGAGCAAAUACGCCCCGGGCUUUUACGCCUUGCAGGUGGUGGGAGAGUUGCCCGAGUCCAUAAGGGAUUUGAAGUCAAAUUAUUAGGAGGUGGCCCCACAGGUGGGAAGGGUCUCUUCCCUUGGCGUUUGCUUCUUCAUUUUUUAGUCACCCCUGUGGGUAGGCGGCGAUACGGUAGUAGUGCGGUCACUCGCAGGGUGGGCAUUUUGAGCUGCCGUCUAAGCGGUUUCUUUGAAGCGCUUUCCCUUGAACCGCCUUCCCUUGAACCGCCUUCCCUUGAACCGCCUUCCCUUGAUCCGCCUU